CUUCCAGGAGGUCAAAGCGAGAGAGCUCCGCCGGCGACGUUGAGACCCGAAUGCAAGUACAGGGGGGAUUGUGGCGUAGUGGCCUCCACGAGCGCUAUAUAGUAUAGGCCUCAGAGUAUAUCACGACCUGGCCGGCCAAGAAGGUCGAUUUUGAUUCGGCAGGGCCGAGCCGGCCUUGACCAGAAGCUUGUUUCAGCUGUUCGUUGCCAAGCAUUUUCUUUAACAUCGCUCCAUCGGUAGGACGGUAGGUAUGCAAGCCUACAGACUGGCAAACUGUUGGCUCAUAAGGCCAAUCGCCCGAAUUACGGUCGUGCACUUCGCCCGCUCGCAUUCCGAUAUCGUCAGGAGAGGUCUGGAUCCCGAGACAUGGCGUUUGGCCUGUCUGAGAAGUAGAGGGCGGCAGUUGUACGUGGUGGUGUGAUUCGAGUUGAGGUCAUCGCCUUUUAGUAGUAGACUCAGCUCGACCAUGUCUUUGGUCUGUCGUCCUCAUGGGUUAGGUGACGGAGGGAAGUGGUGACUCGUCAAGACAAAGAUGAGCCUUUUCAUCUCGUCCUUGUCAACCGCUGAGACUAGAUGUAACAAAAACACU